CCAGACCAAAGGCUCAUAAGCAUCCGCCUUGUAAUAAUUUGCAACCUCUCCAGUAUGAUACCAACAAGCCAUCCAGUUAACUCACGCAAAAUGAUGCAUAACAUUGUAUGUAUGUGUUGGGUCCAAAUGACACCUGUACGUAACUUACGGGCUAUAAAAUUGCUUGCCUUGUCACGUAUGGCACGCUCUGGUGCACUCUGGUGUGCUCCAACUACAGUAAGUGCCCUCACCACCAGAGUGCUUGUAUGCCUGUACGCUUUCCGCAUUCGAUAUCAUCGUCCCUUGUUGGCCACUUUCGCCGUGCUUCUAGCAUUCUAGUCCCAAGGAAAAUCCAUUGUUGAUCGAUCCAGGCCUGUUUGGUGGGGAGGGUUGGUGCUUGUCCAAUUUUCACCCACAUUCCCUCCUGUACUCGAGCACGGUGGUCCAGUCAAGAAUACAGUAACAGACUCCUUCCACAUCUCAAUUCUCUUAUGGUUUACCUUAGACUAUUCCUACUUGCUCGAUCGCACAGGAGAGGGAUCAUUGAAUUGCCCUGCAGUAUGUAGCUUAUGUGAGGAUAUGAGGGGAGAAUCAGGAGCAUAAUCACCACCACCACAUCAUAUCUGUUUCUCUCUUCCUCACUUCAUAUUUUACAGUAAUGGUACUGCGACAUUCCGAAAAUACGAUAUGCCAUAUAACUUUUCGUCCUAGUGCGCACCAACGAGCCCAUCAUUGUGGAACUGGUAUUAGAUACAUCGCGAUUUUCCCGCCCCAAAAGUCGCUUGAGUCGCAUUUGAGGCCUGUGCAAGCCCCCCCAUUCGGACCUCUCUAUUUUUUUAGACUUCUCGGUAAGUGGCUUGAAAGGCGGGUGUUUGCUCAUACGUCGUAUGUGAUUUCGGUAUGUACGAGGAUAGCGUUCAAAAUUGUGCGCUUUGUUCGGAGAGCAGGUUUCACGGAGCUGGGCCAACCCAGUUCCUUCCUAUCCCUCCCUCCCCGCCCACACCCUUCUUCCUCCUCACCUCCUCCCACACUCUCUUACGCACACUCCCCUUUCCAUCUCUGCUUUCCACCCCCUCCGCCCAGUGAUUUACGCUCCCAGCACUUCUUACAAUUCCUUCAUAAACCUCCACUACCUCCGUGUUCCCCCCUCCUCCCCCACCUCCUUCCUUCCACAAGAGUCACAGCUUCGUCAAAGACAAUUCUCUCUCACUCUAAAAACACAACAUAAGUUCACAAGUUCACAUUUUUACCCUCCUUUGGAGACGCUCAGGCAUGCAUUUUCUCCCCAUCGUCUUCUUAUCAUGGGCAACCGCCUGACCAUAGUGCUGCCAUGAUGUUAAAUUGUGCGUUCAGUUAUUCUCGUCCCCAAAAUCAGUUUGUAACGGCCUCAGAGCAAUGGCUAAACUUUUCAUCGGAGGCCUUGCCUGGCACACCGACGAUGAUGCCUUAAGGCAAAAGUUCCAAGAAUUCGGUAACGUUGAGGAAGCAGUUGUCGUAAAGGAUCGUGACACUGGCAGAUCCCGUGGGUUCGGUUUUGUGAGAUACAGUAGCGAUGAGGAAGCUACCGCCGCUAUGGAUAACAUGAAUGAUGUGGAAUUUGAUGGCCGCAGGAUUCGUGUUGACAAGGCUAGCGAUCGUCGCCAAGGCAGGGGGCGGUGGUGGUGGAUAUAGUGGUGGUGGUGGUGGUGGUGGGUAUGGUGGUGGUGGUGGUGGCGGCGCCUGGGGCGGUGGUGGUGGGUAUUAAAGGCUCGCACCCGAUUCCGUACCGAAGUUUCUAUAAUUGAGGUAUGGUAGGAUGAAAAUGAGUGGUCGAUAGCGUGUUUAAUUCCUUCAAACCUGUAAACGAAAAAAGUGGGGGAUCAAUGUUUUUCUUGUCUCAACCAAUUUCUCCCUUUCUGGAGGC